GUAGUGCCUGGAAAAAUAUGAAUGGUUUACUCGUUACGAAGGUAGUAGUUGAACGUACAUGUACGUACGUGGACAAAGGGUAGUUCACCACAAGGUCGGGUGAGUUAGCGCUGGUACUGCGAAAAGGGAAGUGGUAUUACAUGUAUUGCUCACGAUUCGGAAUGCAAUUGGAUAUAAAUGAAAACGGAAUUUUCUGAAGCUGCAGUAGUACGAACAUCAGGACACUGACAACUUGUGUGAUAUUCAUGCUGUGUACGAGUUCACGUCUGUGUUGUGGAGUGUGAAAGUGUGUGGCUGACUUGCAGCUGGCUUGCUCCGUGUGGCGUGGUGCUUGCGAACCGUUGACGCUGAGCUCAUUAUCUGAGGAGGAAAUUCUAAGACCUUCGAAUUCUUGGAAAUCACGGCUUGCGGUGCGGGGCGCUGUAAUAGGUCUGUGCGCACACACGUAAGGGAGGCCUGAUCAUUCAGGAGCAGUGGAGAGCUCUCCAGUAGGGCUCAUAUCGUCAGUUGCCUUCUCCGAGGCGAGUCGAAGAGAGAAUAUUGCUUGAGAUUUCUCUGGUUCCGCUGAUCGUUUUCUCGACGUUGAUGUGCGGGGGGAUUCGGUCGCCGGUCUGUGUCAAUAGAGUACUGUGUGACAAGCCAGGGUGCGCCGCACGGGCCCCGAUGCCGCCCGGCACUAUGUCUCACCAUCACUACCAGAACUCUCUGGUCUCCACGUGUAGUGGCACGACCAGGACCCCAAGAAGUACAGCAGACGAUCUAGAGCGUCUACGACUAGCCGUAAACACCUUGCACACGUCGGGUUGGUACCACGGCGCCAUGACCUUCGUCGAAGCCAAACGAAAACUUAAACACUGCGACGUCGGAACUUUCCUUGUGAGGGACAGCUCCAAACCGAAUUACCUGUACUCGCUCAGCGUCAAGACACCGAUGGGUACCACCAGCGUGCGGAUCGAGUACGAGUAUGGCAAGUUCACGCUGGAUUCGGAGGAGGAGCUCCGAAGGUGCGCACCCAGCUUCGACUGUGUCGUCAAACUCUUACACUACUACAUGCCCAGGAUGGGCCAAAAAGACGAAAAGGAACAGCUCCAGAAGAGCAUAGAGGACGGCAACCAGAAAAACAACACCGCCGGUCAGCUGGUCUGGCGAGAGCCGUCCGGACGGAGAGCCAUUGCCGCUCAGAUCAUUAAGCCUUUACGGUCGCAAGUGCCCAGCUUGCAGCAUCUGUGUCGAGUUUCGCUGAACCGCUAUGUAGAGCCUCGACACCAGGCAGACCUGCCCUUGCCCGGCAAACUGAAGGGAUAUCUGAAGCAGUACCCCUUCGAUCAAUGAUGAUGCUUACAGGGAAUCCCUAUGACAUUUGCUGUGUAGAGAUUCCUUCCGCAAACGAAGGAACACAUCUUAAAGGAACGUUGCAGGUGGCAGGACAAGGUUCCUUCCCUAAGCGCCGACGCGUCAUUUCUUUGAUGGAACAGCGGCUCCCGGGUUGUGACUAUGGAAACAUGGGUGCAUUCAUUAGUGGAACGGCCUACUUGAAAGUCAAGAAAGUCGGGAUCAAGUCCACGGCCCGCUGCGUGUUUGCCUCCACCCCUGCGGCCUUACCCCUUCACCAUGUGGCUACGUGACCCCUGCUUGCUGUCUGCUGUUAACCGCAGCUUGAACGGGGUGACGGGCUGACCGGUCAACUUUGGAGCUAGUAAGGAGAAAAACUAACCGCUUCCAACAUCCUGUUUACUUGCACGUGUGUGUUCCCAACCACAUACGCAAUUCAAAGGGUCAAUUGAACGUGCCUUACAUUUCGUAAUGAUCUUUUGCAUAUCAAACAGAUCCUGUGUUGGUUUUAAUCAAAAUUUGUACUGAAAAGGGGGUUUUUUGGUCUUCAAAUUGACUGAUUACAUGUUGUACAAGGAUUUAAUCGGUCUGUCAACAAAGAUUUCUGAACUUAUUUUCUGAGUAAAAAAUAUCUUUCACUUGCAAACAGUCACCCACUAUUUUCCGUUCCUAGAAAUGAGCACGAUCACCUACAGUGUGAAACCAUACCAACAAAGCUUCAAGUCGCCUGUCGAAAACUUGCACCAAGUGUUUACUGGACCAGCUUAUUUGAAACAGUUGGUUAGUUCAAACUGUUAUCUACCUCCAUGGUUAGUGACAGUGGAUUUUGAAUCAGCAUUCUGGCUCCUCGGUACUUGGUGUGGAGUUAUACGGGAGGUUCGCUUGGAACUUAGAUUGGUCAAUUAAAUCUUUGUAGUUUAUUGUUUCUCCUGCCAUAGUGACAUAAGGUACGGUUUAAUCAUGGGUUAAUAUACGUCUACUUCAGACGUGUCAGACUGACACUUCACAAAGUAGUUUCGAUUUGCUUUAUAUCGAAAUAUAAUGACAGCAGGGUCCUGUUAAGCUAACAACUUUGUAUUGUAGUAACAAAGCACCAGGAUGUUCAAAUGAAACUCUCUGCGCAUAAUAUUGCUGGGAAAAAAGACCAAAGUCCAUUGUUUGCAAAGACUGAAGGUCGAGUUUUAAGCCUGAAAUAACUCAUGCGCUAGUUAGGAAGGCGUGGAAUUAAGGGUUAAUAUAUAUGUGAAAAUGGCCGGGUAGUUUUCUGGGAAAGCCCGACAUAUCUGAAAAUUAAUUUCCGUCAUUUGCAUUCGGGUGUUUCUGAUAAAUCACCUAAUGUCUACGUAAUACGGAUAUAAUGUUGAGGGUAAACGUGUCGGAUCCGGGGCAUUCUGUUUUUCCUCGUUUUUGAUUGAAUUUCGUCACAAUGGUAUGUACCAGUUCACAUCCCUCGCGAUUCAGAGAGAAAAAAGGUGAAAUAAUUUUGUAAAAAUUGCUGUUUGUUGUACACCCACUGGAGAAGGUACAUGUAUGUAUCCUCAUUAGCUUCAAAAUCCAAUAGAUGAGCAAUGGAUAAUUUUCUCCUUUUUUUGUGUUACUGGGAAAAACACAAUGGCCCUCUGUGCAUUUUUGGAGUAGCAUUAUCUGCCCCUUACGUAACGUUUCUUUCAUUUCUUUUGUUAAGAAGGACGCCUAGUGCCUGGUCACAAAAGCAAAGGGUUUACGAGCUAUAAAGGUUGAGACGAAAAUGGCCGCGGCUCGUUGUCGACAAUAUGAAUGUGUUGUAAGCUCCCGAGGCCCAGGAGGGUCACCGCAAACAAUGAGACACUUCCUGUAGGCCUUUUUGAAGUAGAUGAGGGACUGUCCUUCAAAGAAUGGCUCCUCACUCUCUGCGGUUUUCAACUUACAGGGUUCAGUGGACAAGUUGUGACCUGUCUCUAGAGUUCAGUAGUUUUCAUGCUCGCCCACAAAGAACACUGUUCUUUUUUAAAUUUCCGUUUAAAAGUAAAGAAUAUAGACUCAUUUGAUUUUUGAUAUAAGAUAUACAGUAGUGCUUGAAUGCACUCGGAAAAAAACGCCAGAAUCGUUAACACAUUAGCAAUGCACUUAGUAAUACGUUUCUAAUCUGUAACUGGUAGGCACGGUGCAACUCAUUCAUUUGAAAAGUCAGGUUAUUCUGUCUGGAUUAAAAAAAUCACUGAUGUAAAAUAGUGCACACGUGGCAAUCUUUUGGUCGGGAUGAACUUGUGUGCGUGAGUCUACUACUGAGCAAAAGAGAUGUUUCACCGUUUAAAUAAUGGCCGUGUUCCUUUAACGCCACAUUAAGGGUCUGUUUGCGCUGUGCACUCGCCCUUGAACUUUUUUAUGAGUUCCUCUUAACCGGAGAAAAACAUUGUAAUCAGAAGUAUUUCCUGUGAAGCUAUACGGCCCCAAAAGAUAUCCUGUGUUUAUAUAGACCGCCGCACUCACAGGAAAGACUAGUGUGAAUUUGCAGAUUUUGGAUAAGCCAUAAAUUAUCUGUAUUUUUCAGGGCAUAUUAUACUUGCCUUAUUAACCGAAACUGAGGUUUGUACCCGAUAACAAAACAAUGGAGCACUUGUGAACAAGAAAAUGGAAAGGUAGAAAAUAGGCAAUAUCCUUGUCGCAAAUUAAUCAAGAAGAUAACAUGUCUAAAAUGUACAAAUUGUCUCCUCUAAAGUCAAGGUUGUUCAGAGACAUAUGUAAGUCUGGCUCAAUUCUACUCUCCUCAUUCAAGGCGUGUUAUUAUGUUGGUCAUAUGGCUUUGAUUUGAAGAGUAUUCCUCAGGUACUUGGUAAAGUAAAUCUGUUGUGACGAUAAUUAAUUGAUAUGGUUCUCACUGCUAUAGCCAGACAGGGGCACACACACACAGCUCGCGUACAGCGUUGCCAUUACAACCGCGAUGAUGGAAAUGAGUUCCUGGAAGUCCGUGGCAUGAUGAAUGCGAAUUGCUUGGCGGUCCGUGUCGCGAACGGCUAGGCAUGCGGGAAGUGCUUCGAAUAUGCAACUAGCGAGCAGGCGAGCAUAAUCUGAUCGCGCACCUGCAGUGCGUUGUGGGUUCAGACACGCAGAUUCGUGUGCACCGUCCUUGGUGGUUUCGAGUCCCACUGUCCAAUACCUGGAAAGCUGUAGGCCCAUAAGUAUUUGAUUGAUUUGAGGCAUGACUAACGUCAGAUUGCAGUGUAAGCAGCGUAGCCGGAUUCGCGGACAUGCUGCCCGCGACAUGCAGCAAAUAUUUAUGGAACAUUUUCUGUCGUUAUAAAUUUAGUAUACAUAUAUGUAUAACUAAGUCUACGCCACAUCCUAGGUCGGUCUCUUCUAAUAUAAGGUCUGUUAGUCAUUUAGGUGGUCGUGCAAACGGGAGAUACGGUUGAACGAUUGAUGGUGUGAAAGUUCAGUCUUUAAAAUUACAAGUACUUGUGCUGUUUUGUAAGUUUGCAAUACUUCAGUAACUUUUCAAUGAAAUGUAAAACCUCACACACAAUGGUUGUGUACAUGUACUUAAUCAAAAAAGAGAAAUUUAUAAACUUUCCGGGAAUUACCACACGUGUACAUCACUGAAAAUUAGUUUGUCGCCAACUUUGUGCGUUUUUAUUCGCAGAUUAAUUCCUAGAAAUGUUUACCAAUUCAGCAGAGAGCAGUGAACUCACCGCGAGGCAAAAGAGUGGUGGGUUAACGGUCCAAUCGGAAUGCUUCACAGACGGACAUCACUAGCUUUAGUUAGCCGUGAAAGGGGAGGCUUUUAUCCUGUAACUAUUUUAAAAAACUGCAAGUUAAAUGCCGGCUUAUGAAUAUGUAAAUAAUGUAUAUAUUAUGUACAGUUAUUAUAUUUAUACAGCGUAUGAGGAGAGUACAAAGUUAUAUACAAAUUUUGCAGGUGUACCUAAUCGCUAGUGUUUUUUUUAUGAAAUGUUGAAUUCACAAGUGCAAUAUAGUCGUUCCAAAAUUGCAAAGAAAGGUGUCAGUGUGUUGAUGGUGAAAUAAACGAGUAAGAGGUCACGUGA